AGGAGACCGAAAAUGUAAGCUCGGUGUUUCUUUCGCUUCUGUAGCUUGGCCUUCGGCAGCGUGAAAUCUUUGCCUGCUAGGGGAGGAUUUCACUUGCUGCGGAGGUGUUUGAUAAGGGCGCGUACCUGAAGAAAACCUGAGGUUAAAUCUGCCCAUAAGAAUCUAAAUUUCUGCUUGCGUGGCAAUGCUGCAUACGUCAGAGAAGAGAACUGGCAUUCUGCUACCAAGGACAUGGUCAAGCCAAGUGCCACCCUUGGUCCUUACAAGUCACAGGUAAAUAUCAAGAAACAAAAAAUGGACACUCAAAUAUUUUCCCCGUUACUAGGGGCAAUUACUAGCACGCCACCUCCGUUAGAAUCUUCCCGGCUGUAUAGCGACUGGUCAGCAUGUGGAGAAGAGAUCAGCACAAAAACUUCUUUUCAAGACUGCACAAAAAAACGGGCACAGGUAAAUCUUUCUUAUUCUGGCAGUGGCCCAGAUAUGUUUGGGCUAGUGUCAAGCAUUUUAGAGGAGCCAAACAAGACAGAACCGGUUACAGAUUGGAAUUCUCUUUCAAGAUUGUUUCCGCCAAUGUGGGCACCUGAUCUUGGAAACAAAGGUGAAUUCUCAGGGCUUUCAUCUAAGCACUCUGUAGAAAAUAAGGAUUUUUCAAACCUGAUGUGCACACAGAACUACUACCAAGAAGAGCUGCAGAAGUCGCGUGACGUGGAGAUGUUGCACAGAGGGUUAGAAGAUCUCCAUCUCCUAGAGUCUUGGCUUUCUCCAUCUGGCCCUUGCACUCAGCCUGAUAACAUGCUGAAGAACAGUUAUCCUGACAAUUCCUCUUUCCAGAAUAAGAAUUCAGUUCACCAAGAAGGGUAUUCAUUUCAAAGUGCCAACUACAAUCAGCACUUGCGCAGUUAUGACCACACGAGGUUAAAUGGGGACUGUGAAAAAAUUGGUCCCAAUUUUAAUACUUUUUCUUCUAGAAACAGACUUAAAGACGACACUACUGUUCAGAAAGACUAUUGGAAAAUUGAAAGAACAAGGGGUAACGUUAUGAAUAAUGAUGCACGUGAGCAAACUAAAUAUUCCCCUGAUCUUUCCAAUCAGCCUGCUGAUGACUCCUGGGAUAAAACGUCGCAGGACAGCCACUUGUUUUCUAAAAGAUAUGAAAACUUUACAGCUGCUCAUAAAUCACAGUCAUCUGUUCAUCCAUCGCUGUAUUUUUUCAAUCAACCAUCUAAAGAAAAUUUUUCUGGAGUGACAAACAGAAAACCACAGGAAACCCACAUGCAAAAUGGUCAUCAGAGCUUUACUUUGGGGGAUGCUUUUAAUAACAAUGAAUCUAAGAUCCAUGCUAGUCCUAAAGAGUGCUCUCAUAAAACUUUGGAGUAUGAUUUGUCUGUCAAAAAUAUGCAAAAUGGGAGUUACUCGCCCUACCAUAUGUGGCUGGAUGGAAAAACUGCAGGUCCAACAGCUGCGUCAGAUGUUGUGUAUGGAAAGCAGCUGGUAACAAGUCCCCAGUCAGCUUCUGGGGUUUCAACCAUGUCUGGUGGUUCUCCCACCCAUCACUCUGUAACACACUCCUACUUCUCACAGCUCUCCCCUGUCCCCCCUUCAAGAAAGGAUGGAAGGUUACACCCUUCAAAUGGUGUUUCUAAUAAUUUGGGACUUUCUAAUUUCAUCUCGGGAAACCAGAAGCAAACGAAACCCUUUGGACGCUCGCAGCACGAGUCGUUGACCAGUAAGGAGUGGCAGCACAGCAAAUUCCCCACGAGUUUUUCAUCCAACUGGUUAACACAGCCCAAUGCUGUGAGCGAAGACCCCGAGCUAUUCCACAGAUUUCAAAAAAAGCAAACGCAAGAAAAUGGUAAUAAAGAUGAUAGAAGAGGCAGAAGGAAUUGGGUUCCCCAUUUUGGAUAUGCAACCCCAAACCGCCCGCAGUUCAACAUGUUCCGAAAAAAGCCCGAGCAGAACGGUGGUAGCAUGUCAGAUCUCAUCAGUCCUUCUUUUCUCCCCUCCUUCCCGUUAAUGGCUGAUUUUAAGCAAAAUCCUGGCUUCCCUCCGUUUAAUCACCACCUGUUUUCAUCAGCAAAUAACUUCAGCUUUCCCCCUUCACCCUUUCCAUUCUCAGAACUUGUUGAUUUUCUUCAUUAUGAUGAUUUUAACCACUUGAACCCCUUCAUCAGUGAUCUGUUUUGUGGGGAAAUAACCGCACCGUACUUUGCCUUUCCAACGCCAUUUAACAAGUACAGACCGCCAAGAAAUCGCAGCGGACCUGCUAAUGAGCUUCAUACCCACCUGGAGGAGUGUUACGAGCAGUGGAGAGCUCUGGAGAAAGAGAGAAAGAAGACUGAGGCUGACCUCGCAAGAAACUUCCCAGGAAAGCGCAUAUCUAGCUCAAAUAACACUCCUGUGUCUCGGCUGCCUGCUAACCCAUCCCGCGUCGAUCGCUUGAUUGUCGACCAAUUGCGAGAGCAGGCCAGGGUGCUCACCUUGAUAGGGAAAAUGGAAAGGCUUCGUGGUGCCCCUGUGCACGGUAACAUAUCCGCGACGUUGGAACACCACAUGGAAGCCAUCCACGUAACACAAGCGAGGCGUAAGGAUGAGAUUGUUAAUGCUGCUAAUCCGCAGAGACAAGGAGCGCUGCGCUAUAAUAAUGAGAAAGAUGUUUUGGCUCUGGCAGCUGCCAUCAGAGAGUUGGCUGCUUCCACACGCAAGGCUCGUACUGCGCUGUGGUGUGCGCUACAGAUGACUUUGCCAAAAAUCUCUUUAAGCAGCCCAGUACGGCAGGACAACGUUGAAAAGGCCUUGCAAGAGCUCUAUCCUACAAGCACACAGGAAAAAAACAAUGUGGAGCAUGAAAAAGGAAGCAAAAAUGAACAACCUGAGGAACCCAUGAGGAUUCUGGAUUAAUAACAAAUACUCGAAGGGAGGCAGAGGGCUGAGGAUCGGGAGGGAAGGGCAAAAAGCCUGCCUAGUACUGAGGGGGGGGUGUUUUGAUGGGCUAUCGGAAGGUGAAAGGGUUAAAAAUAACUAAUCAGUGCUGCAAUUCUAUUACUGUGAUUCUGGUGUUGAGAGACACAUCCUGUAAUAGUGUUAAUGCAAUUUUAAUAUUGCUGGUGUUGCGAUGUCUGCUACAUAAGAAUUUUAUUAUUAAGGGGAACUAAACAAUAGCUGAGCAUUUUCCUUUGUCUGCUUAUCCAAAGCUCCGUAUCAGCUGUGACUCAAGCCAUGACCCGAGAAACCAGUGAGACAGGACUUAAUUCUCUUUUGUUAAUGAUAUAAUUUUGCAUACUUAAAAGACAAAGAAAAAAACACAUUUUAAAGGUAUUUAAGAAAGGUAUUUAAUUCAGGUGUUUUUUUCUUUUGUUUGUUUUGCACCAUGAUGUGGUUCUUUGAAGUGCCAAAGUGAUCAAUAAGUAGAUUGCAUCCUGUCACAGAGCAGUCCACCUCCUGUAUUGUUUCUGUGACUGGGAGUCGUUGAUCGUUCAGGUUAUUGCCAAGUUUAACGAGAAGAAUCGGUGUUUCCUGGUGGUUCUGCGAGAUGCUUCAGCAGUUGUGCUGCCGAUUCAGUUUCUACCUAGACCAAUGUAAACUGAGAUUUCAUAUCCCGUAUUCCAUAUAACAAUGUUUUACAUCUU